GGAUCACUGUAUGGCAGUUACAACUCAUAUCUAUUUAACCGAAUGGACACAGCAUAGCAGAAAAACUGUUUUGGUGAUAACCUUGUUUUAACCUUGUUGUAAUUAAUUUGUGUGUGACUUCGUACUUGUUAGAAUACUCUAAGACUGUUGACCUUUACAAGUUGAUACUCAUCACUUGAAAGAAUCAACAUUCUUAUCAAGUAAAGCAAACUAAAUGAUAUCAUUUUCAAGUCAAAAGCGUUCUGGAUGCUUCAUGAGUACUAUAUUAUAGGCCUUAUUAUAAGCUUUUUCCACAUUUUUAUCACCAAUCAAUCUCCAAAUCGUAAAGAAAAUAUUUUACAUGGGAGUAAAAUGUUCGUUGGAAAGUUUUGUUUUGUUUCAAACGAAAAGACGCUUAUAUUUCUUGGGACAAAUUCCAGCAUAAUCAUCAUUUCUAUAUCCGAUGAGUUUUUCAUUUAUGAUAAAAUCACAUGGCCGGAGGUUCAAUAUCAUUCAAAUGUGGAUUUUAAAAACGGCUAUUGCGACUCUGUCAUUUACUCAGUUGUUCAAUUAGGACCAGAUUUAUAUGAAAUAUGUGGAAAAUUUGAUAUAAACGUACGCUGUAGUAUUAUAAUGAAGAAAGGUCUAGUAUGGUUGUCUUUGUUUGAAGAGCAUGUGUCUCUUGGAUAUAUGAAUAGCGGUAUAACUUAUGAGUAUUCGGAUGGUUAUUUAACAUUAGCCUACUUGUCUAAUAGAUAUUUUCCUAGGUUAGAAUUAAAAAAACUUAAUUUACUAUCGAAUAGAUUUAUGAAUAUUAAUGAAACUGCACAUCAUGCUUCAAAUCAUUUAAAUGAUAAUUCUAAUAUAUAUGACAAAAAUUAUUGGUCUUUAAAUGUAAAUUCUAUACGUUGGAAUAAAUUAUUACAAACGAGUAAAUUGAAAAAUUCUCAUUUUACUGAAGGUUAUGAAUUUAUGUUUUAUAAAAUUUUAUCAUUACCUGGUAAAAGAUAUAUUAUUUUUCAAGAACCAGCAGUAGAAACUCAACUUAAGGAGAACCCAUGGACAUCUGAAUAUAAGAUUGUAUAUACACGUAUAGCUCGCAUUUGUACAGAAGAUAAAGGGUUUCUUAUGCCAAAUGAUGGAAGUAAACUGUUCACAUCAUUUUUUAAGACAAGGCUUGUAUGUCAAGUUCGUACAAAAACAAAAAACUUAGAUGGAUCACCUAGUAUCUCAUCUACAAAUCGUGAUUUCAAUUAUCUUGUUGCAUUAUCAACAAGUUAUAUACCAGAAAUUAAAAAUGAUUUACUUAUUUAUGGUUUAUUCUCAGCUCGUGAUCCUCAAUUAAAUAAUGAAUUACCAUUAAAAUUAACAAAUAAUCUAGUAACAUCUGGACCAUUGGCAUUAUGUAUUUAUAAACUUUCUAAUGUGGAUAAAAUCAUUGAAUCUAGUGAUUUAAUGUUACGUUUACCAACAUUUUCACCAUCAUAUCAUAAAGAACAAAUAAAUAUAAUUUAUGAAAAUUAUUCAAAAUUCAAUGAUGAACGUGAUUUGUUUACAUAUGGUAGGCAUAGAUUUUCAAAUGGUUUCAAACGAAUAAAUCGUGAUAAAUAUUCAUAUUUAACAAAUUUUACAAAGUGUCCAGGUUCAACUACAUCAAAUAAACGUUUAGCAUUAGAAGCAUCAUUAUUAAUUGAUUCAGUUUAUCCAGAAAAAUUAGAUAUUUUUGGUAUGAUUGAAGCACAUUCACAAAUUACUGGAUUUAUUAUUGAUCCACGUCAUGUUUCUAAAAUUUAUCAAGAUAAAACACAACCUGGACAAAUAAAACAUAUACGUUAUACAAUUUUUUAUGUUGGAACAAAUAAUGGUGAUGUUUACAAAAUGUUAUUAUUCAAUGAAAUAGAAGAUCAUUUCUCUGAAUUAUUUCCAUUUCAAUUAAAUCCAUAUAAAAACAAUAUUAAUUUAACUAAACCAAUUUCAAUUGAUGAUUAUAAUAGAUCCGAAUCAAUGAUCUCAAUGAUAACUUCUGGUCAUAUUUAUAUUAUAAAACAAUUAUUUCUAUCAAAAAACCAUCAUAAAAUAACAAAUUUAUUAUUACUUCAUAAAUCUUAUUUCAAUAAAACUAUACAAAUAAGAUCAAGUAAUGAGGCAUUUAAUUAUUCUACAAUGGAUAUAUUUUCUUUAUUAAUAUUUACACAUGAUACAAUAAUACAAAUUGAAUUAACGCAAUGUGAUAAAGUUCAAACGUGUAGAGAAUGUUUAGCGCUCAAAGAUCCAGACUGCUAUUGGAAUAAAAUGUUGAAAAAAUGUGACACUAAUUCAGAAGGGUUAAGUAAUAUUCUGACUGGUUUUCACAAGGACUGUGGGGAAUCAAAUGACGCCGAAUUGAAAAAUCCUGAAAAUUCCAAAAAUUCAGAUCGCCUGAGAAAAUUAGAUCUACUUAAAGUUCCGAUUGAUCUAGUAGCCAGAGGAAAAUUUUCUACUGGAUUAUUAUAUCCAAUUCAAAAUAUCUGGAAAUUGUUGUUUUCUGGAUUUGUCGGUAUAAUCAUUGGUUUAAUCAUAGGUGUAGCACUUCUUAUUAUCAGAAAAAAGUGUUUGAAAUUGUCACAUUCUCGUAUCAACAAACUAUCAAUUACAAAUAACGAAACUACUACAGAUGAAUCAUUUAAACAAAUACAUAAUUUUACUAAUAAUCAAAAUAACUUUCCAAUUAAUCAAUCUAAACAACUACAUGACAUUUCAACUUCUCAUCUUAAAUUUGUAACCAAUUCAAGUAUACCUAUUAUAGAUAAUCAUGAAAUGAUUUUAUCUCAAUUCAGUAACACAAUAGAUCCUUGUGAUCAUCAAAUAAUCAUAGAAUCAAUUCAUAAAAAUAAUGAUAUAGAAUUAUUGACUUCACCUAAACAAACGAUCACUACUAAUUUAUCAUUUGAAGAAGAUCAAAUCAAUAGAUUACAUCUAAAUUCGAAUAAAAUAAAAAAUUCUUUUACAAAUUAUUCAUCAUCUAACAUGAAUAAUGAUAGAAAAACCAUAGAGAUUACUGAUAAUCUUAUUAGUUCUAAUAAUACUAUUGGUUAUAAUUACAAUGUUGAUUUGAGAAAAUGCAAAAAAUCAGAACUAUCCACAUUUUUAACAUCAUAAACAUUAAACUACAAUUCAAUGUUCAUAUUUGCAUUUCCUUUAUUUCUUUUUCUCUUAUUUGAAUUUAAAUCUUUCUUGUACAUAAUUGAUGAAUGUCCAUACUGGAUUAAAACAUGAUAUAAAAGCAUUUGCAUUUUGUAUUCUAUGAUACCCGUAUAUUUUAUGUGUAUCCGCUUAAUAAUUUUAUUUUAAAAAUAAAAGAGAAAAUAAUAAUGAGUAAUUAUUUAAUUUCAAUGUUUAUUCUUCCCCCAUCAAUGAGAAUUGUACCAUAGAUACAUGUAAUAACUUUGUAAUGAACAAGAACAUAAGUGGGGGACAAUCGAAUGUAUUUGACAGAAAAUUAUAAAACUUGUUAAUAAAAUCUAACAAUCAUAUGGUAAAUGCUUAAUUUGCAAAAUGUUAUUUAUUCUCGAAUCCAUUUUUUUGUGAUACAGUCCUUCGUAUCUUUCUAAAGACAUACAUUUUCCAUAUAACUAUAUAUACGAAUGUACAGCUUAAGUAAAUGAUUUAAUCGAAAAGGAAAUAUUCUUCGCUGAUUUCUCUUUUUCUUAUUCAAUGACACUAUGGGUUAUUUUAAUUAUCUGUAUCAACUGUCUUAAAAUGACUUAGACUUCAUUGUUAUUGCAUUUUUAUACAAAUUGAGUUCUGUUUCCAUUCUUUACUGUUUGAUCCUUUUGUCGCUUUGCUGCCGGACAUUCCAUUCCUGACUAAAGUCAUAUACUACUUAUAUCAAUAUAAGUAACACACACCAUAACUUUAUUGAAUAUUUAUUCAUCUAGUAUAUAUAUAUAUAAUGUUUUGUCUCAGGGUACUAUGCCGAAUCAAUUGUUUAUAGCUUAUUUGUUUAUUAAUAAAAAUGACAAAUGUAACGCAAUCAUUUAUUUUUUCAUUCUAAAAUGUGUUCGUUUAUUCUUAGAAACUCAAUUUUCCUCAUCUAUUUUUCUUCAAAAACAAACAAACAAUAAAGAACAAGCUUGAACUAAACUAAAUUAGGUCUACUCUGUUACACGUUAAUUGGAAGCAAUACCGAAUAAUAAUUUAUUGACAUGCAUUACUUAUAAAGAUACUAAUAGUUAUGCGAAGUAGGAAGUCGUUUUUGCAUUGAGAUACUUUUGCCAGAACAAAGUAUAUCUACCUUUAUAUCUAUAAUGUAAUAACAUAUAACCUCAUACUACUUUUUUAAUCUGUAUCUUAUGAAUAAUACUUGAGAUAUACAAGACAGAUAUGUGUUUACUUAUGUUUCGCUUAUAAA